UGCGCGGUGACAGCAGGCCGGCUUCUCUGGCCGCCUGGCCUCCCGGCCUCCUGAUGAACUUCUUUCCCCUCCCCUCUGGCUCCGUUCCCUGGAAGGGUUUUUUUUGUGUUUUUUUUUUGCUCUGCAAUGGGAAGAGGCCAGGGCGGCAGCCUAUAGUAAUGUGUUCAGGCCGGCUCUAAGUUGUUUCCGUCUAUUUGUUUAUCGGUGUUAAGGAAGAGCUGUGCAGCGUCUCCUGUGAGCCUGGUGUUGAGCCAGCUCAAGCAGUGCGGGUCGGAAGGUGCCUGCGGGAGAUGGGGGUGCUGCUGGAACGGACCUCAGGAGCAUCCGUCAUUUUCUUCUCUCAGCAAACAGGAGAAGAGCUGCCGUGCUUCCUUCUGGUCCUUAGUACUGGGUGCCUGUUGGCUUUUUCAGGUGGCUUCACUUCUAGGUUACAAAUCCAAAACUGGGCUCUUGGGGAGAGAUAUAACAUAUUCUGCAAUGAAGGCACCAGCUCUGUGCUAAAUGAGCUGCUCUCUGCCAGAUCCAGACUUGGUCUGGGCUGUGACCCCACAGAAAUGCCGAGUGUUUCCAAGGAAGCAGGCCUCUGCUGGAAGCUGAGAGGAAAAAGAACCUCUGCUUUUUGUGUUCCUGAAGAACAGCGAGCCUAGUGUCAAGAACCCUUCUUUUCCAGUGUCAGGCCUGAUAUUUGGCCAUUGGUACAUUUAUUACAUUGGAUCCCUUCUGUCCUGCUCCUGGAGAACUGCACAGCAGACAGCUGGGCAAGCCAUGGCUGAACCUGGACUAUGGAUUUCCCAUCGACAUAGGACAGAAAUACUCAGAGAAGAAAAGCACCAGGUCUGACAUGACAGUGCUGAGAAGAGCUUCCAGCUGAAUUAAUAGUUGCACCAGGAAACUGUUGGACUAUCUACAUGGACUUGUUUUAUUAUCUAAACCCAAAAUUCAGUUUGACUUGUCACGUCUAGCUGGAAGUAGAGUGCAUAAAACAGGCUGAAAUUCCAAGUGUGAGUAUAAUGAAAUAUUUAACCCUGGUACCCUAUUCAGCCAUUGCUUAGGGUUCCUUUCAGUUUUUCGAAAAAAGUAGAUUUUCUUCCAGUUUUUCCCCAGAAAACCUGUUAACAGUUAUCAUUUCUUAUUGCAAGAAGGGCUGAAAAAUUUGGCAUCUGGACAUCAUCACCUUAUGGCAUGUUGCACCUGAGCAAAAACUUACCCCCACACUUAACAAAAGCAGAAUCCUUGGAAGGAACAGUUGUAGCACUUGAAGUGCUAUUUAGGCUGUCAGUUCUCUUUCCAUAAAUGUUUUUAAAUCAGGGAUUUAAAUUAAGCACCCACAUUAAUCACUCUCAAACUAAUCAGUGAAUUGAUUCCAAAUCUGGCAGCCAGUCAGUGUUGAUACGAGAUUUGCUGCAUGUAUACUCACAAAUUUUGUUUGCACAGUGUUUUAUUGCAAAUAUAAAAAGGCAAAUGCAGUUGUCAAUUAUGAAUGAAAUUGAAUCAGGACAAACUGAAGUAUGAAACUGGUGUAUAUACACUCAGCAGCCUGUCAGUAUGGACAAAACCACCUGAGAUUUGACAUCUUAUUUGAUAGAUCUUCUUGUAAAUAAUAAAUCACCUUUUCUUUCUGCAAACAACA